UUUCCAGUUGUACGAGACAAAUGGGCCUUCGACAUGCCAUACCACACCUUCGAGUUUCGGCAAGAUCCCAACUCCACAAUUCCAAGCGCCCCGACGGACUUCAGCUGGCCGUUGCAGCUAAUAGAUUGGCGCAAGUGGACCCAUAUGGGUUACAAUGAGGGCUCCUACCUUUCGGUGUAUAGCACGUACGAGUACUAUGCCAAGGUGCCACCCAGUCUGCUUAGGUUAAUGAUCUGGAUGUUCCGGGAAAAGACUUUCCGUAAGACUUGCAGUCUGCGGUCCAUCACAUACGUUGCCAUCUUCCCAACCGGCGAUUACAUGGUAGGGCUCGCUGAUGUGAUGACCAAUAUCCGUGGUCUUCGGCACUUGAACCUGCAGCUGGCUCCAGAACCGAAAAGCACAAUCAUGGAUGACCCUAAGCGGAUGAAAAGGGCCCAACCAGGCGACCUUUGGCUGGAGCUCAAUCGCUCCUAUACGACCCUAAACAACUUGCAGUGGACCGCAAAUGCGUCGCUGUCAAGCCGCGACUACCGCUGGCCAGCUCUCGUUGAUAUCCUCGACGACGACCAUCAUCUGGGCGGACUGAGCCGGAGAGGCUGGACCAAGGUUGGGAAUGCCACUUGGUCGAGAGAUGAAGUGAGCCAAGCGACUACGUCGGAGUGAUUGGCUGGAGCGAGGACUCGAUGUCCUGGUUGUGUUUUCGAUGAUCACACGUUUGCAGAUCCAUUUGCUCCUGGCGCAUUUGCUUUGUCCACUUUUUGCAAGCAUGGCGCAAAGAAGACAUCGCCAGCAAUGGCUCUUCG